AUGAGGAGCUCCUGGCGGCUUCCGCUUUUGGGGGCUUUGGUGGCUGGGGCACUCCUCAAGUUCCCGGCCUGGGUUGGACAGCCAUCGCUUCUGCCGCUUCCGGCACACACGCAGAGAUCGCAAAGAUUGCAAGGGGCGCAGAGACCACAAAGAACACAAAGGCACAGCUGGACCGCUGGGCCCUUGGGCCCAGUCGAAAGUGCCGCCGCCUUUCGGAUUUACUAUCUGCCCUUUGUGGAGCCUUUGGAUAUUGAUGGUAACCUGUUGGACCAGCUGUUUGGAGGUUGGUUUGGACCAGUGGCUCCCCUUAUCCUUGGCGUGGUGGUGUUUUGGGUGCAGGGGCAAAUCAACGCGAUCCGCCGCGAGCAGGAGGGCAAAGUCCUGAGCGGCGCGGCCAAGGCCGCCGGCGCGGCGGCCAAGGGUGCCGCGGAGGGGGCGGCCGUGUCAAUCGCCGAGAAGCUGGCGUCGGUGCCCGGCGAGCAAUGGCUGAAGCUUGUGGUGUGCGUGGUGCUGGACCUGGCCGGCGAUGCCACCUUCCUGCUCCCAGGCUUGGGCGAGUUUGGCGACGUGGCCUAUGCACCUGUCGAAGCGUUCGCGCUGCGCUUCUUGUUCGGUGGCACGGGGCUGUCUGUCCUCGGCUUUAUCGAGGAAGCUUUGCCCUUCACCGAUGCCGUACCAACUGCCACUACCGGUUGGGUCCUUCAGACCCUUUUCAGCGACUCACCACUGGCACAGCUCCUGGGAGUUCAGCCGCUCGGCUCCAAAGAGAAGGACUCAAAGGACCCGAAGAAAGGGGCCCUUUAG